GUGAUGACGUCAUUAAUUUUUCAGCAUUGCUGCUGAAACAAACCAUCAUGUCGCCAUCCUGCUGCUGACCGGCAGGUUUCAGACACUUGACUCUAACGAGGAACACUUCCAUUAUGCUGAGGAUCUGAUUUCUAAUCCGCUGUUCGCUGAACGUUCAAGCUGCAGCUAACGCUAACUAGCCUGCUGGCUAAGUUAGCCGCUGUAUUAGCACGCUAACUUGAAGUGAUGGAGGGAAUUCUCUACAAAUGGACAAAUUAUAUGACGGGCUGGCAGCCGCGCUGGUUCGUCUUAGAGAACGGCGUCAUCUCGUACUACGACAGCGAGGACGAUGUUGGGAAAGGCAGCAAAGGAUCCAUCAAGAUGUCCGUGUGCGACAUUAAAGGUUCCUUGCAUCCAUCCACGGAUCUGACACGCCUGGAGCUGAUCAUUCCUGGCGAGCAGCAUUUUUACGUGCGGGCUGUGAACGCGGCGGAGAGACAGCGGUGGCUGGUGGCUUUAGGGUCGUCCAAAGCUGGAACACUGGACAAACCAGAGUUUUACCUGAACCUGUCUGGAAACAAAAUGUCUGAACUGCGUCUCUACUGUGACCUCCUGACCCAGCAGGUCCAGACCAUCCAAUCACAGCACAGCACCGACACACAGACCACGCCCACCUCUGAGGCCUCCCUCCUCAGCGCCACGUGCGCAACCUUCAUCAGGACUCUGGAGGAGUGUAUGACCCUGGCCAACCACAGCUUGACCCCUGACCUCCGACCUCCAGAGAGGAUGAAAGGUCAAUUAGUCAUCCUGGAACAUACACUUACGACAGAAAUGCUGUCUGUCCGUCCUUCCAAAACAUUGUGUGUUGCUGAGCUCAAUGGCGGCGACUCCACCAUUCCUGAGGAGAGGGCGGGCAGUACCAGCCCCAAGACCACGCCCACUGACACAGACACCGACCUCUCGAUCUGAAGUCCGUCCAUA